ACUUCCACUGUAGAAACAUCCUCCUCCUUCCAAAUCAGUUAUUAGAAAAGCAAGUAGUUUGUUGUUGCGAUCGAAUCUUUGUGAGCUUUGAAAUAGUGAAUUUUUGGAAUUUUCUUCCUGCGAAAAGAAGUGAUUUCACGAAAGGACAAUCUGAAAACAAGUUUGUUGUGAUUUUGUAUUCAAGAACAUUUUUUGGGAUUUAAAGUGAUCGAAAAUAUGGCAGCACUAGUGAGCAGCAUGGCAUUGGGACAGAACAUCCACAACAUUUUGCCAAACAAUCGUAUCCUGAUGCAGCAAAAGCCGGUGAACCAUCACGGAAAGCGACCAAUUGCGCCGGCUCCAAUCAUGAUUGGAGGGGCUACCCAGCUUCCAGUCGGUCUCAAGUGUAAGACCGCAAUCAGUGCUAAGAAGUUUGCGUACUGUGGACUUCCUUACGCCCAGACUCCUCAACAGACGGCUUCCGUUUUGCGUCGUAAUGCUCGGGAGCGCAAUCGCGUCAAGCAAGUCAACAAUGGAUUCGCGAACUUACGCCAACACAUUCCAGCCACUGUUGUAACUGCUUUGACCAAUGGAGGUCGUGGAGCUAGCAAGAAACUUAGCAAAGUCGACACACUCCGUAUGGCCGUUGAGUACAUUCGUAGUUUGCAACGUAUGCUGGAUGAGAACUGUGAAAACACCAAUCAAAAGAGCCUUAGUCAGUUCUCUUCCGCCAGCUCGUUUUACGGAACCAUGUCUGAGUCUUCAACAGCUUCGUCACCUGCACCCUCGCAAAUGUCGGAAAACUCCAUGUCUGGAUCCAUCGGGUACUCCCAUAUGGGAACCUUGAAGAACGAGCCCUACGACAUCUAUGUUGACCCAUCAACAUCUCCAACUCCUUCACAAACCUCAGAGGUUUAUCAGCCUCAGUAUCAUCAAACAAUCAUCCCUGGAAUGACCAGCCUAAGCCCUAGCGGGAACAACAACUACAUCCAUUCAGGAAAUCCGAUCAUCUACAAGUCCGAGAUCUACCAGACCCAGUACGAGCAACUGAGUCCCGCAAACCCAGACGACGAAGAACUUUUGGACGCUAUCACCUGGUGGCAACAACAUUGAAGAGUCGCUCGACUUGGGAAAUACCAAAAAAUCACCUUCAACAACCAAUUGACUUUGGGAACGAAGAACUACCGGCCAGUAUCCGGUUCAGUGGCAAAGAUCCUCAACGAUGGCGCCGGUACCGAGUGAGCCUCACAGCCUGAAACGCUGAUUCUCGGGAAAAAAUUUCGCCGAAAAAGCCGAGAAACCUACUCUCAAAGCCGGUGCCAAAAUCCUCUUGGAGACUUCACCAUCAGAGUAAAAUAGGACUGUACGCUCAUCAACUCUAAUCAACGGGUUUUGCUGCACAAACAAACUAACACUGCCAGUCCUAGCUCGUAAGCUAAUCGAUUAGGUAUCAGUUCAAUCUAGUCAAACGUUUUCCCGGGAGCAGUCUCGACGGAAAAACUUAACCUAACCUAAUGCUAAUGAUGAUUAUCUUGUGCCUUUGAAAGCUGUUAGUAAUAUUGUUGUAUACAUUUUGCUAUCUAUUUCACUCGAAAUAAUCGUUAAGCGACAACAUCAACCAGUGUACUCUCUAAGUCUUAAGAAAAGUUUUGUUAAUGAUUUAAUAAGAAACUAUGAAUAAAUUAAAAUCUGU